UGACUAGAAAUGUGUCUACACGUCCCUUUCAUGGCGUAGAGUACAUCCCAAUUGUCACGCGGUUUUAGACUCUCAGUUCUACGUUCUCAAACCACUAGGAAAGAACGGUCAUACCUAAGUGGCAUAAAAAAUGUUUGAGAAACUUUUAUAUUGCCCUGUAUUAGAAGUCUUUCGAUGGUGUAAAUGUGAAUUAAAAAUUGUUCAGUUUCGGAGGAUAGGGCACAAAUUUUGAUGUAGUACCGUGAAAAUUUAACAAUGACUUGCGAUCGAUAUAUUGACAAGGAAAAUUUAUAUUCCUCUUUUUUCUUCUUCUUUUGAUAUACAUAAAAAACAGACAGACUGACUGGAUGACUAACCAACUAACUAGCCAUCUUGUAUAAGAACCAGAAGCUAAAGUAUCGUUAAUAUCAAUGCCCGCCAUUAGACAUCCACCUCCCAUACUCGCAUCCUAUUUAAUAUUUGCCCUCUUUUCGUUUCUCGUUUCUUUUAAAUGGUUGUAUUCCCUUCGACGAUACGUAUGCAAGAUAGUCGAAAAAUUGUCGUUAAAUAACCCAUAAAUAUAGCAAUGAUAGUAACAAUGCACAUUUCUCAACUAUGCAAUUUACCAUCGACACGGCGUAAUACAUUUCGUAACUUUCUGUUUAUGCACCAAACAUAGGUUUCUUACCGAAACUGGUUAUUCAACUUCACUUUCUCUGCGUUUCAUGACCACGCGUGUUAAGAGGGAACUGUGUAUGGUUCCGACAUCUUGUAAUUGGCAACAACAUCUCAGGGCCAAACACUCAGAAUCAGCGGUUGGAGUAGAGAUCGUGGCACCAACAGAAGGCGGGCAACUCCAAAGAGAGAAGCGGUCUAUUCUUCUCGCAAAAACUUUGGCUUUCGGGAAAGGACUGCUGAUUGGAAAAGUUGCGGGCAUUGCUCUCGGGGCGCAUUUGGGUUAUUACGGAGGUCUUUAUGAUCGUGCCUAUGGUGGUUAUGGAGGAUACAGAGGUUAUGGUGGGGAUGGCGGGUAUGGGGGGCAUGGGGGUUAUGGAGGGUAUGGUGGGCAUGGCGGUUAUGAAGCCAUGAUUACUAUCCUAGCCAAGGUGGAGGCGAAUUCGGAGGAUCCUACAGCCAGAGCCAAUCCUCCAGUUCAAGCCAUGGUGGUGGCUGGGGAGGGGGAAGCUACUCCUCCAGCCAGGCCGGUUCUUCUGCUUCUGGAUAUGGAUGGGGUAGAUGAAAUAUGACGUCAUUCGUGAAGUGUUCAUUAUGAAUUUAAGUAAAAAAAAAAUAUUCGAACUGAAGAGGAGUUUUGAAUUUUAGCGCCCCAAAUUUUUGCAUUUGUGUUUAGGCGUAAUGAUUUGGAUACUGAGUUUUUAUUCAGUAAGAUUUUCAUCCCUUGGUUGUGGUGUUCAUGGAAAUUGAAAUAUAAUUUUCGAUUGCGAAAAGAUUCAGUACCAAGACACAACAACUGAAGAUUAUUUCACUGUAUAUUCUUAAAAACUAAAAAUAUUCUAAGAAGUUAUUCAGUGUUUCAAAGGAAGAGAUUCCAUUUGUGGCAUGAAACAGAUUAAUUAGUUUUACAUCAAGCACAAUAAUUGAUUGUUAAAGAGGGUGUUACAAACACUUUAGCGUUAAGUGAAUCUGACAGUCAUCAUUUCCAAGUAAUGAAGAGGAUGGACAUCAGUUUCAGUAAUUUAUCGCUUACUAAUUACACUCAUGGUCCUGUUCCCUGUAUUUCUGAAAAAUGGAUAAUGUAAUUAGAGUCAUAAAUACGUUUGUUCAUUAAACAUACUCCGGGAGAGAGGUGUGUGUUUGCAAUGUGUAUUCCACAUGAGAAUGUUCUAUUCUUGUUGUGACAGUACACAAGAAGAAUAUAAUCCGACAAUGCUCAAGAAAUAUUGCAGAUAAAAGAGUUAAUGAUUAUUUGAUGUGUAAUUAAAAUUAGGUUAAAUAGUAAAGAUAUGAAUGGCUGAAAUAUUACAUGAAUAUUUAUGCAAACAUGACAACAUAGGAAUCCUUCUUUGUGACUUCUCUUGCUCAAAACCGUAAUAAAGACAUUACUUUUUAUGAAAUAUUAAA